GGCCUUCCUCGCUAUUGGCUGCCCGCUUAGUGGCCGCCGGUGGCGCGUGCAGGGACCGUGCUGAGGGGCGGCAGCGCCAUGUGUUCCGCGGACACCCUGAGCGUCUUGCGCAGCGACUCCUACGUUGACCUCAGCCAGUACCGGGACCAGCACUUCCGGGGGACGCGGUAUGACCAGGAGCGGCUGCUGAGGAAGAGCUGCACGCUGUACGUGGGGAACCUCUCCUUCUACACCACGGAGGAGCAGAUCCAUGAGCUCUUCGGUAAGAGCGGCGACAUCAAGAAGGUCAUCAUGGGGCUGGACAAAGUGAAGAAAACUCCCUGCGGCUUCUGCUUUGUGGAGUAUUAUGCAAGAGGAGAUGCUGAAAAUGCAAUGCGAUAUAUCAAUGGAACCAGACUUGAUGACAGGAUCAUAAGGACAGACUGGGAUGCAGGAUUUAAGGAGGGUAGACAGUAUGGUCGUGGAAGAUCAGGGGGCCAGGUCCGCGAUGAAUAUCGGCAAGACUAUGAUGCUGGAAGAGGUGGCUAUGGCAAAAAUGUUCAGUGCCAGUGAAUAGUGAAUGACUCGUCAGCCUCACAGGAGAGCUAGAUUUGUGUUGUAAAUGUCAUCAGGCACAAAGUAGGUCUGCUGCACACCAAUUUAUGUAGCUAGAAAUUCACAGAAAUUACUACCCUUGAUCCUGUGAUUGCGUAUGUUCAAUAUCUCUUUCGUUUUAAUAUUGGGAUCCAAAGCAUUGCAGAGUACAUUAAUACAGAGGACCUGGGAGUGAGGUUUUAAGCAAUAAUAUGGGUGAGGCUUUGGUGUUUAAACGCUGCUGUAACUUUACUAAAGAAACAAAGUCUUAAUGGUAUGGUGCUUUUUUUCUUUUUCACUGUCAAAGCUUGAUUUUUUUCUGUCACUGGGAUUUGUUUACACUGGUAUCACAGGGUGGAGAAUGGCAAUAAAGGAGGGUUGGGGAAUGUGUCAGAGAUGAAAGAAAAAGGCAGAAAGCCCAGGAAAACAAGUGGAAUUUCUAGGGAAACUUUCAAUUUCUAGGGAAGACUUAAAGUUGCAGCUUUUCUGGUGUUCCUGGAUGAGCAGCUUUUCACACUGAGGCUGUUCUUAGCACACCUACGUGAAUGGCCACAGUAAACCAAGUCAGAUUGUGAGCCCAGGAAUCAUAAAGUAAGAAGCAAACCUAGCAGAAAACAGCCAUGCCCUCUUCUACAGAGCAUCCUGUAAUUGUGUGAAAUUGCAUGAUACAGAACCAUUUUGCUUUGUGGGAUGCAGAGAGUGUAAGAGUUACAGUUGCAGUUAUUUUUACAGUUGGAGUAGUAAUAUUUUGUCCCUGUCUGGUAGCUCUCUACAGCCUCAGUAUCUGAGGAACAGUAUCUUUCCUGUGCCUAAACAGGUGGCAUGAAGCCACAUUGUACAUUUGCCCCCAGAAUGGGAUGUUUGAGGAACUGUAUGUAUAGUGAGAAAGUUUGUUCUCAAAAUAGAUUUUCUAGUUGAGAAACUGCAGUACAAACAAAGGUAAA